AAAACACACAAACCACGUGGAGUUGAAAGUCGACACAAGUCUUCAUCUAAUUAGAAGUUUUAUAGAUGGAGCCAAUGGAUAUUGACAAACAACAGGUUGAGAAGGCUGUGUCCGCUCUCCAGUUGUUGAUUAAGAAGACAAAGCCUGACACAGACUUUCUGGACAACCCAGAGAAGAUAUUGCUUCAGUUUACCUUUAAGAAGGUGCCUCAGCUGAAGAAUAAAACAAUAAAAUUAAAUCUUCCCAAUGGAGUCGCUACAGAUAGCCAGUUUGUCAGUUUGUUUGUCAAGGAUCUGGACAGGAAGUCCAGAGAACAUGAAGACACUGUGUUUCACUACAAGGAGCUGCUCAGUAGACAUAACAUUCAGGAAAUAUCAGAGAUUAUUCCACUGAAAGCCUUGAAAACCAUGUACAAGCCAUAUGAGGCCAAAAGGAAUUUGUCAAACAGUUUUAAUCUUCACUUAACUGAUGAAAGGAUUGCUCAUUUGUUGCCCUCUCUUCUUGGAAAACACUUUUAUGGUAGAAAAAGACAUCCAGUACAGGUUAAUCUGACUGUCAAAGAUUUGAAAAAGGAAAUCAACAGAGCACUGAACAACAGUCGCUGUGUAAUUAGUGGAAGAGGCUCAUCCUGCACUGCUUAUGUAGCCCACUCUAAACAAACAGUUGUCCAGAUCACAGAGAAUGUGAUGUCAGCAGCUCAGCAGAUAGCACAAAGUAUUCCAGGAGGUGCUGCUAACAUUCGGUCAUUCCAUAUAAAAACAGAGAAAUCUGUCUCUCUUCCAGUGUAUGCUUCGUUAGACUCUGCAAAGGAUGUAAAGCUGCCAAAAGUAGAGAAGAAGAGGGAGAUGAUAGAACCAGAGGAGGUAACCACAGUGAUGAAGGGCAAGGUCAGAGUAUUUCCCACUGGAGAGGUUCACAUAGUGACAGAGGAGUCAGAGAUGAAACGAAAGAGAAAACUGGAGAAGAUUGGACAGACCACAAGGUUAAAGGUCAAGCGACGAAAGCCAGAUGGGCCAAAGGUCAAAGCCACUGCUUCCAGGAAAGGGCAAAAAGCAAGCCUCACUGUUCUCCAAAAGUCUGGAGAAACCUUGAAGAAACAGAAGAAAGUUGCACAAACAAAAUCAAAGACCUUGACAUCCAAGACUGCAAAAACUGGAAAGACAAAAGACAAAGCCUAAAGACUUCCAGUGGCUGGUGCGACGAUACUUGUUCACCACAAUGCAUUCUCUCCUCUUCACUCAUACUGACCAGUGGUCCAUGAAAGGGCCUUGGGAAUAAACAAUAUCUAUCACCCUGGGAAAUGACUGUGUGAUUAGAGGAAACUACUAUUAUCUUACUAGUAGAGCUAAUUCACUUGAUCAUUGCGAAACUUGACUAUGAAGUUAUGAAUGUAAAAAUAAACUCUAAAAAAAUCCCAUUUUUAUCGCCAUGUUGUCAUUGUCCUUAUCUUGCUUACACUUUGUACCAAACAGCACAUUUGAAUUCUGUACAGGGAUUAAAUGAUCACAUGAUGUUUUGAA